AUGUAUCACCUCGCCAAGGGCCUCUAUCUUUAUGCGACCAGCAAAGAAGAGUACUCGGUCAUCGUCCUCGGCCUCGACAACGCCGGCAAGACGACCUUUCAUGAGCAGGUCAAGGCCAUGUACCUCCCCGACGGGCCGGCGCCCAAGCUCAAGACGGUACCGACCGUCGGCCAAAACGUGUCGACGCUGACGCUGCCCGACAUGUACCUCAAGGUCUGGGACGUCGGCGGCCAGCACUCGCUGCGCCGUCUCUGGGAGAGCUACUAUACCAGCUGCCAUGCCAUCGUCUUCAUCAUCGACUCGACCGACGUCGGCGACGGCACUAUUGAGCACGACGCCACCGGCCGCCUCGACGAGUGCCGCUGCGUCCUCGAGGACGUCCUUCAACACUCCGACACCGAGGGCGUGCCGCUCCUCAUCCUCGCCAACAAGCAGGACCGCGAGGACUGCGUCGAGACUAUACGGAUUAAAGAGGGGCUUGUUAAAAAAGUCAUGGAGGGCGACAAGGGCGAUAGCAUCCGCGACACGCGCGUCCUGGCCAUGAGUGCCUUGACGGGUGAUGGUGUGCGCGAGGCCGUCGACUGGUUGCGCACGCGUGUGCAGUGGAAUAAAGAAUCUAGACCACCAGUCAUGCGCUGA